AAGCGGGAAAUAACUGAAAACAGAAACGAUUCUUUGUCUCUCUCUCUAUAUAAACCCUCUCCCUCUCUCUUUCUUUUCACUGAAGAAAGAUUAGAGUUUGUUCUUCUUUUGCAAGGUCGUGGCUUGGAAACCAAGGUGUCGAAGAUCUAACAAUGAACGUUAAACCGUUUCCUGGACCUUCGUGUAUUCGCUUAUAUGCAGAUGAUGAUGAUGAUAGAGACUUUGUAGAUGAAGGUUUUGCAGAGAAGAAAGGCAAAGACAAAGGUAAAGGCAUUACUGAAUGCAAAUACAAGGGAACUUCUUCAGCUGAGUUGAAAACGUUUGGGGGACAACAAAUGCUUUCUGCAGAUCAAACAAUUCUCCGUCGAGACCUUUCGGUUGCGUUCAAAACAUAUAAACGACAACUCAGUAAUUACCAAAGAUUGCAAUUGGCAAACAAUUAUUGUAAGGCAGCUUACCUGGAGGUCAUGAGUUUGGCAAAGGAAUCGGGAACUUGGGUACGAGCGAAGCCCAGAUUAGGUAAUCUGGAUGAUCUCGUAAACGAGUUCCGAACCCCUCCUUUGCCUGGACGGAAGAUGGAAGUCUCUGUCGCAACCGCAGUCAUUCCGGAUGUCUUGGCAUCCGAGAUGGCCGAAAUGAUGACGCUUUCGAGCAAUCUGUGGUCUAAGUUACUGUUUCCCCUUGUCAAAUAUGUUGAGGGGUCUAAUGUAGUGGGUAGUCUUCAGUAUUUAAGCUAUGCGGAUGUAUCCAUCAAGGCUGCAGUACAGAUGUAUGCAGAGCUUCAACUGCCAACAACAUUGGUACCAACAAGAUAUUUCGAGUUUUUGCGAUAUGGGAAAGAGAUAAUGGAUGGAAUUUACAUAAUUGUUGAUGUCUCGAGCCGUUAUUCCGAUCCUUUUGCAAAGCGUAAUAGUGAAAGAAGACCAUCAGGGGUCAUAAUCAGGGAACAUGGACCUGAAGAUUGUGAGAUUAUAUGGAUUGAGAAUGUGGAAGUGGAUGAAACCAGAGAAAACUUGUACUCCACAAUAAUCGGUUCAAACUUGGCAUAUGGUGCACACCGUUGGGUAACCACACUGUUAUGGAAUCUAAAGCGUGACAAGAGCUCAUUUUCCGAUCUCAAAAUCGAUGUGCAUCCCGGGGCUGGUUCUUUUCUUUUGGCUUUAACCCAAGCCAUGAAGCGUUUCUUCAUGGAAUGUGUUUCUCAGCAUCCUGAUGAAACUGCACUUACUGUAAUAACUAGUGGUGAAGAUCCAAUAAGGAUUCUGCAUAACAAAAAACUUAAUGAAUAUAUAUCUUUUGUCGGCGUAAACAGUUUCCGGGUUCAAGCUAAACCCCUCUCAGUUUUUCAAUUUUUAAUGAAAAAGGAUCUCCAGUUGGAGCAGUUUCGUGUGUUUGGAGAUAGUGAGACAAAUGAGGUCGGUGAGGAGCCUGAGCUAUUGUUCACAUUUGGCACUGAUGAUAAAAGCAAUAUCAUCUCUCUGCACAAAAGGGUUACAAAAGAGGUCCAAGGAAUUGUAUACGGCUUACAAGAAGCUUCAAUGGAUGAAUAUUGCUCCUUUAUCCUAUCCAAAACAUUGACGGAAGAUACGGUGAAUGCUCACAUUGUUUGUGGGAAUAAAAGCAUUUAUGAGGACAGUAAAUCUAGAAUGGCUAACAUAACUCCUUCUGGGUUUGCUAUAAUGCCUGAUGGUCCUGGGGGCCUCCAUUGCGAUGCUUCUCUUGUAACCUUUCUCGUGCAGCUAUAUUAUGAUCCUUUAGGAAAUCCUGUUGAUGUUGAGUUUGUUAGAAAAGAUUUUCUAAGUGAUUUGAACAGUAUCAUCAGAGAGUUGAAUGAAAAGGUUGUGGGGGAAAAAACGAAUGGAAUUGAGAUCAUACAUUUGACACAAGGCAAGGCUAGCUGCAUCUGA